GAAAAGCAUUGAUGUAGGCAAAGGGAAAAGAGCACUUGCACAGGAUGAGAGGAGUAAAAGAAUAGUGUGGGUGGAGUAUGUGCAGAAGAUCAACUAGAGACUUAAUCCGGGGCUGUUUCAUGAAGACUGAAUGCUUUGAACUUGCAGAAACAAAAUAGAAUGGAUCCAUUUUUAAGAAAGGUAAUGGAGCAGUACUGUAGAGUAUGGAAUUGAAGGCAGAGAGUCUACCAGAGAUGAAGAAACAUCUAAAGCCAAGGUGGUUAGGAUCGGAGGUGAGGGAAUGAUAGAAGAAGGAUGUAUAUAUCAAGCUGUGGGGUUUCUGUGACAGGUUGAAUCUGGGAGUAGUAGGAGUGACAGAUUCUCCUUUCCGGGGGUAAAUAGUCAAUAGGGAUGUUACCAUGAAAUUGUUGGAGUAGUUUUUGUGUUCAGAAAUGCAAGAAGAGCAGGGGUGCAGAGUGGACUUGUUAAUGAAGUUGGUUUUACAAAUGUUGAGUUUGAGGUGCUUUGGGGACAUAAGCAAGGCAGUUGGAGAUUAAGGGUAUGGGAUGCGUAUUAAUUAGACUAUAGGUGGAGCCUGCGCGUGCAGAUGGCGUCACCUGGAACUUGAUCGGCUCCACGAGGGUAUCGGAGAUCUGACAAUGGCCAAGAACAAACUAAGAGGACAGAAGUCCAGGAAUGUGUUCCACAUAGCCAGCCAAAAAAGCUUAAAGGUUAAAAAUAAAGCAAAACCAGUUACCACUAAUCUUAAGAAGAUAAACAUUGUGAAUGAUGAAAAAAUUAACAGAAUGAAUAAAGCUUUUGUAGAUAUACAAAAGGAACUUGCAAACUUCUCAAAAGGCCUUUCCCUCGAGCCUCUGCAGAAACAGCUGAUUCCUCAGCAGCAUCAUGAAAACAACCCAGUUAAUGUUGAUGAAGCCACAAGAUUAAUGGCUCAGUUGUAAUACACUGGUGACGCACCAAAUUCCCCAAAAAGACCAAUAAAUUAAAUGUUUUAUACAAAAAA